GCAGCCGUGCAGCCGGCCUUCCUCCAGAAGCAGCGCUGGGAGACAGUCAAGACUUGGACUCAGUAUGUCCAGAGUGCCCCCUGAGGUCUCGGUUUCCCGCAGAGACGCCUCCGACAGCUCCGUCACCCUCUCCUGCCGCGCCAGGGGCUUUUACCCGCGUCCCAUCCAUGUCUCCUGGGUGCGGGACGGAGAAGACAUCCUGGUGGAGACGGACUCCAGCGGGAUCCUGCCCAACACCGAUGGCACCUACUACACUCAGUCGUCCCUGGAGAUCUCCCCGCAGCAGGACAGGCACCGCUACGCCUGCCGAGUGAAACACAGCAGCCUGGGGGAGCCCGUGCUCGUCUGGGGUAAGGAGGGGUGAAUGGCAGGGCCUGGGGGUGGGGGAACAGCCCUAUGGGAAUUACAGAGA